AUGGAUAAACCACAGCCCAGCACCAACUGGGAGUUGCUCGAAGACUGGUUCACGCGCAUGGCUUUGGUCAAAGACGAAUACUCCGAGCCAAUUUUGGAAGAUUCCACCGUAAAUUUCAUAAAAUCCAUAUGCGAAGCUUUGAAGUUGGAUAUCUACGUGUUCGUGAUGGCUGUGGACGUGCUGGAGCGAUAUAUCGAGACGAAAAACGCUAAACGACAACUAAUCGAGGACAAAAUGUUAACACUAUCAGCGGUUAUACUGAUUUGCAGCAAGAGCAAUGGAGAGCUGUCCGAUCUAAAAGUGACGCACAUAAAUAAAGUUAUGCACAAGUUGAUUGAUACAACGUACAGUCUGAAGGAUGUUUGUAAGGCUGAAAUGGAUGUUAUGAAGACUUUAAACGAUAAAAUACCAAUUACGACGAAAGUGGACGAAGUUAACACUUUUAUAGAGAAAUAUGUUAAAGACGGACAUUUAAAGGCAAACAUAAGAAGGUUAAGUGUUAAUAUAUUAGAGUUGAUGUAUUUGCAGCGGAGUAAGUGGUUUUAUGACUUGAAAAAACAUUACAAAGACAGCGAGGAGAAUCGUAAGAUUUUUAGAUUGCUUGUAUGUUCAAAGUUCUAUUUGCCCAUCGGGAUUUUAUACUGUGCCUUGAAUCUCACCAAGUACAAGAAUUUUUUAAAGGUAAAGCAGCUAAUCAAGGAAAUUUCCGCGAUUACUAGGAUCCAUGUGGAUCACAUACAAAUUUUAAGCAACACCAUUUUUGAUAUAGUUUUGCUGUACUUACCUGUAGAGCAAUAA